UACAAGCACAAGAAGCACGGGAUGGCGGCCAUAUCAAGGAAUUUUCUUCCUUCAGAUUGCUGAAUUUUAUCCUUCCUGCAGGUUUUAAAUCUUUGAUUUGGGUUUUUCAUUUCAUCAUUUAAUGUUUCAGAUUUAGGAUAAAGUUUACUUUUUUUCCCUUGUUUGUUGGCCAUGUAAACCCUAUCUUCUGAUUUAAUACUUGACUUUUUCUUUUGGCAAAAUCUAGACUUGACUGCUUUGUUCUUCUGAAAAAUGGUAUCUUGGAAAUGAAGUGGUAACUAACAGUAGGGGACUAGACUGGAUUUUCUGAUAAUUUGAUGAUGGAUGAUAAUAUGGUGAUGGAUCUGGAUUUGAACCAACAACCUUUGGACCCACUUUCUGGUUCUCCUGUAGGAUUAGGGUCUUUGUUGAAUGAUUUAGAAACUGCUCACUCUAGGAUUGAGGAGAGAAUUAGGCAUCUUGAGGCUGUCACUGCUCGAGCUUUGCAGCGCCAUAGAUGGCGUCAGGCUCGCACUACCCUUGAUACUUCUGGUAAUGUGGAUAGUGAGAUGCAAGUUCAGAACAGCGAGAGUGUUUUGGAUGUAGCAGAAAGGACUGUGGAGAGGGGAUGCAAAAGGGAUAGUUCCCAUUUGGUAGCAAAGGCAUUAGAGAUGGAUUUAGUGGUUAAUAAGGUAGAUGAUGAUGGUGGAAGUUUUUUUGACUGUAAUAUAUGCUUGGAUAUGGCAAAAGAACCCAUCUUGACUUGUUGUGGCCACCUAUAUUGUUGGCCGUGCUUUUAUCAGUUACCUUAUGUUGAUUCAACUACAAAGGAAUGCCCUGUCUGCAAAGGAGAGGUUGCAGAUGGAAAUGUUACUCCGGUUUAUGGUAAUGGAGAUGGUGAAAGCAUCACGGAACUGGAGUCUGGUUUGAAAAUACCGCCAAGGCCAAAGGCACGUCGAGUAGAGAGUGUUAGACAGCAGCGUGUGACUCGAGGUUUGUCUCACAUCCCGGUUGCAGAAGCACUAAGAAGAAUUAGGACUAGUAUUGGAUUGGGGCAUCAUCCGCAGCGACAGGAUGCUGAUGGAGUUAAUUUGAAUUUUGUGAGAAGCUCUCAUGUGUUGCAAAGUGCUAAUACCUUAAGCAGCGGAAGACUACGUUCCCGUCUUAUUUCGAGGGUGUUGUCAGAAGGCGCAGCUUCUCUUUCAUCAGAGUUAGAUAAUGCACAACGGAUGUUUGAGGACCUUGCAGCAUCACUCACUGAUCGGCUUCUCCAAAGAAGUAACGGAGAUGCUGUUCAUGGAGCGACAGACGAUGGUGAUUCUUUCAGAAGAGAUGCUGCUUUCAUACAGUCAGAUAAUCGGUCACUGGAUGCAGUAGCAGGGUCGAUCUUCCUUGGCUUCCAGGAGAAGAAGCAUUUUGUCGAGGCUUUCUGAUGUAGAUAGUGGACUUUUCCGUGAACCUAGAAGGAGAAGAUUGAAUUGAUGGCCUAUGAAUGAAUAAGGUAUAGUCUCCCAGUUCUUCUCUCAACUCAAUUAAGUCUCCUUGCCAAUGGUUAUCACUUUCAUGUCAUCGUGUUUAUUGCCAACUCUAAGGCGACUUGGGUAGAAACAAUUCCCAAAUAUAGACAAGAAUCAGUGUUGCCCCUGACUCCAGUUGGAAGAUUGUAUGCAUACAUGUUUAGCUGCCUCUAGUUUUGGGAUUCACUAUAAUGGUGGAAUUUCUUGAUAUGAGGCUUUCUCAAGAAUAAGCAACUGCUGCUGCAUGUAUUAGGUACUUUGGUUAAGAACCAAUAUAAAUUCUAUCUGCUUGUUCUCUAAGUUUGAUUAAAGUUCAUGAUAUACAAUGAAAAUUCACAUUUCAUAAAUGUAUUUCUGGUGUUUUACUUUGUUUGGAA